AUGCCGUACAUCCAGCCUCCAGCGCUCAAGCUAGACACCAAGAUGGACGCGCCGAACGCAGAGCUCCUCAGCGCAUUUGCCUCACUCCUCUCCUCGGGCAAAUACUCCGACCUCACGGUGCAGUGCGGCGAGAGAAGCUGGGCGGUGCACAAGGCCGUCAUCUGCUCGCGGUCAGGCUUCUUCGACGGCGCGUGCAGCCACCCGUUCAAGGAGUCGGCCACAGGGGUCAUCGACCUUAGCGAGGACGACGCCGAGGCCGUUGAGCACAUGAUCAACUAUUUCUACCAUCUGGACUACCUGUCCAAGUCGCCCAGGUCGCCCAGGUCGCGGCGAACAACGCAGCCCUCGUCUCCGGCGGCGUGCGUGCGGGCCCAGGUCAGCGCCAGAGCGGCGGUGCGAGGACCGGGGAAGCUGGACCUGGCCCUGGUCGACGAUCCGCUGCUAGCGCAGGCGCACGCGCAAUCCGUGCCCAGCGCGAUCAGCGCGACCGAGAUCCCGUCGAACGCUCCCGCGUCACCGCUCACCCCGCCCCACUCAAAUGACCGCAUCGACUACUUUUCCUCCAUCGACGCGAAGCUGCCCCUGUCGCCCGUCGAUGCCCAGGGUCCCGACGACGAUCACUUCGACUACGCCUCGUACGAGAGUGAGAGCGAAGAUGAGGCCAGCACAGACGAUGCGCCCUCGCACCUAGUCACCCACGCCAAAGUCUACGCAAUCGCUGAAAAAUACGGCAUAACCGGCCUUAAAUCCCUCGCCCGCCGCAAGUACGCAAGCCAGCUGUUCGACGACAACCAUUGGUCCUUGCGGACCGCCGACUUCGCCGAGUCGAUCAUCGAGGCCUACGAGAGCACGGUCGACACGGACCGUGGCCUCCGCGACCUCGUCAUCCAAGCCUUCCGUGAGCACCCCGAGCUUGCCCGCAGCAGGGAUAUCGAGCUCGUCGUGCGCGACACCCCCGGCGCCGCCUGGGAGCUGUUCAGGCUCGGCUGGGGCCUGCCAAUCUGUUAG